UCUGCGAGGCAUUGUGGGACAUACGACAUCGAAUGGCCGAUUUCAACAUCGUUCACAAAUAACUUUGUGGCACACAAAUCCAAAUUUUCCGUGAUAACGUCCAAUUUGACUUGAAGGGUCAGAUAUUUACAUAAUUUAAGAAUGUCUAGAGCUGGUAAAAAGAAGAGCCGCAAGGGUCAGCAUCGUCAUUUCAAUAACCCUGAAGAAAUAGAGGCCCAAAUGAAAGAAGUAGAAAGCAACAGAUAUAGGGAACGAACUGAAAUAGAAAGUGAUUCGUCAGAGAGUGAAUCAGAUGAUGAGCAUGGUGCUAAAAAAGGUGUUGAAGGGCUUAUUGAAAUAGAAAAUCCUAACAGGGUGACAAACAAAAUGAAGAAGGCCUCACAGUUAGAUACAGAGACUGCGAGCAAGCCACAGCUCUCAAGACGAGAAAGGGAAGAAAUAGAAAAACAACAAGCUAGGGUUCGAUAUCAAAAAAUGCAUGCAGAAGGAAAAACAGAUGAAGCCAAGGCUGAUUUAGCAAGAUUAGCAAUUAUACGAAAACAACGAGAAGAAAACGCUAAAAAGAAAGAAGAGGAACGGAAAGCGAAAGAAGCAAAGGCACAAGCUUCAAAGAAGAGAUAAUGUUGGCUAAAGAAUGAUUUUAUUUACUGUUAUUGGGAAGGCAUGCAAUGUAUUUAUUCCCUCUCACAUCACUGUAAAUCUGCAGUGGGUUAUACCAUGACUACCCUACAUAGUAAUGGAAUAAAUCAAAUGAAGGGCGGGGUGUAUGUUUUUAGGCUGGUUGUCGCUGGGCAGCAUGUGAAUUUAAACAAUGUAUUUUAUGGGUGUUGUAUACUGUAAAACAUGUAUAAUAGCUACAUGCAAUUUUAGCUAAUUUAACUCAAUGCAUGAAUUAACAGAAUCUUGAAUUAGCUAAAGUGUCAACAAUCUCAUUGUGAAAAUAUUCUUUAUUUUAAAUUAGCUACGUUAUCAAUUACUCAUUAGCUAAAUUAGCUAAAAUUAAAUGCUGGCUAAAAAAAAAAUCAUGUUUUACAGUAUGUUGCAUGAUGCACAUAACAAAGGCCAACCAAUAUCCUAAUUUAAAUAGCCAAUUAACCAACCAGGAUUGGUAGUCACAGAAAUAACUUAUUAGGUUUUAUGAUUGGAUAGGUUUGGUUGUUGAUUUUUUGUUUCAGACAACCUUUGCAAGUUUAUGAAAUGUUUGUAAAAUAUGGCAAAUGUAUAAUUGAUUUAUUGCACACUAAUAAAACAGGACAAGUUAGUGACAUCAUGGUAUACUGGUAUAUUGUAAAUUACAAGACUCUCUGUGGGACAACUGUAAAUGGAAAUUGCAGCUAACAGUCUUACAAUAUAAAACCAAAGGUUGUAGGUGAUUUUCUAUUCACUGCGAACUAUUCAUGUUGUGUAUUGUGUGAAAAGUACAGACUGAAUGUCUCCGCAAGAAUUUGAAUUUCAUUUUUUUUUUUAAUAGCUCAAUGACAAAAUGGUGAUCUUUGAGAGGAAAAUAUUGCGUAGAGAUGCCCUUCUUUAAAAUUGACCAUCAGAUUGUGUAUAAGCACAAUAAAUGUAAAAAUACCCACAAAAUACUUUGUUUUGUUGAAUCCCAUGCAAUGUUUUGGGGUCACUGCCAUGCUAUGACCUUUAUUUGUCCGUUUUUCAUGUUUAAUUUCACACAUAUGCAGGAUCUUGGAGUAAACGAAAAAUUGGUUUAUUGACCUGGAAUGCACUCAGUGCUGUAAAAACCCCAGAGAACACAAAACAAUAGACUUUGUCUCACUUUUUGGUACACAAUCGCCCACCCAAGAGUAAACCAAAAGAUCUAGUAAAAUAGAUUACAGGAGUAUUUCUAGAAAAAGGGAGCACAACUAUGUUACUAUUGGUAUUGCUCUACAUUUGAUCAUAAUCUAUUGACUCUUCCAAGUUCGGUAUGAGGGAGCUGCGCCCCUGUUUUCCUGUCUGGAAGAACCCCUGGAUUAGACUUUGAUAGGUGACCACAGAAUAUGUUGAAUAUUUUUUUUAAGUUAUGGGAUGCAUUUUUUAAUACAACGUAAAAUGCCCUCUUAUGUGUGUACAAGUGUUGGCCAACUUCUCACAGGCACUAUCAUUUCAUAUUUUAAUAUUUGUUUUAUUGUUGCAAUGAAACCUGUCUGAAUGAGAUCAUCAUUUGGUUUAUAAAGAAAGAUUGUUUAUAGAGAAACAGGUCUUGCUGUGUUCAUAAAAUCACUGCCAGUGAAAGUGCAUUAAAACGCUCGAUUCAUAUCUAAUAUUAAAUCAUGAUUACAUAGAGCUAUUAAAUAAAUGAACAGGUAGUAAAAAAAAUGUUUUAGCCCGUCUUGCCAGUUGACAACCGUAUUCCCCCCCCCCACCCCGCGCUCAAAAAAAAAUGUCUGUAUAACCCAAUAUUUGCCUGCAAUAUUAGGAAUAAAAUAUGGAUGAACUGUUAAUUUAUCUGGAUUUUUCAGUUAUUGGUCAAUUUAAGAAACAAAGGUGAUAUUGUAAGAAAAAAAAUAAUAAAAUUCAUUUCUUACAAACGA